GGUGUGAGCCUGCGCAGAGGGCCGUGGGCUCCGCUCUGGCCUCACACAACCGGCGCCGCGAUGGGCUGAGGCGGGUCAGCGGCUCUGGGCGGAGCGGGGCCCCCCGAGGAUGGAGAGAGCCAUGGAGCAGCUCAACCGUCUCACCAGGUCCCUGCGCCGCGCCCGCACCGUGGAGCUGCCCGAGGAUAAUGAAACUGCUGUCUACACACUAAUGCCAAUGGUUAUGGCUGACCAGCACAGGUCUGUUUCAGAGCUACUGUCAAAUUCAAAAUUUGAUGUGAAUUAUGCAUUUGGACGUGUGAAGAGGAGCUUGCUUCAUAUUGCGGCAAACUGUGGAUCAGUUGAAUGUCUAGUUCUGCUGUUAAAAAAGGGAGCAAAUCCUAACUACCAAGAUAUUUCGGGAUGUACACCCCUUCAUUUGGCAGCUAGAAAUGGACAGAAGAAAUGUAUGAGCAAGCUCUUAGAAUAUAGUGCAGAUGUCAACAUUUGUAAUAAUGAAGGUCUGACUGCAAUUCACUGGCUUGCUGUCAAUGGGCGAACAGAACUACUUCACGAUCUUGUACAGCAUGUCAAUAACGUAGAUGUUGAAGAUGCAAUGGGACAGACAGCACUACACGUGGCUUGCCAAAACGGUCACAAGACUACAGUGCAGUGUUUAUUAGACAAUGGUGCAGAUAUUAACAGGCCAAACGUGUCAGGAGCAACUCCACUCUAUUUUGCUUGCAGCCAUGGUCAAAGAGACACCGCACAAAUCCUUUUGAUGAGAGGAGCCAAAUACUUACCAGACAAAAAUGGAGUUACACCACUGGAUCUCUGUGUGCAGGGUGGGUAUGGAGAGACUUGUGAAAUUUUAAUACAACAUCAUCCUAGACUCUUCCAGGCAAUUAUUCAAAUGACACAGAAUGAAGAGCUACGGGAAAACAUGUUGCGGCAAGUUCUAGAACACUUGUCCCAGCAGAGUGAAAGCCAGUACCUUAAGAUCCUAACAAGCCUUGCUGAAGUUGCUACAACAAAUGGUCACAAACUACUGAGCUUGUCAAGUAACUAUGAAGCUCAAAUGAAGAGCCUCUUAAGGAUCGUGAGGAUAUUUUGUCAUGUCUUUCGCAUUGGCCCAUCCUCUCCCAAUAAUGGAAAUGACAUGGGCUACAAUGGAAAUAAAACUCCAAGAAGUCAGGUGUUCAAGGUCAGAAAAGUAUAUGACGUUGUUAGGAAGAUAGACGUUAAAGAGAUGAAUUUCACAAAGCAUGCAUUCAUUAAUCAGACAUCUCAUGAACAGGAACCGCUGGAAUUACUCUGGCACUCAUUAGAUGAAUGGCUAGUUCUAAUAGCUACAGAAUUGAUGAAAAACAAAAGAGACUCUGCCAACAUUACAUCCAUUUUACUAAAGCAGAAAGGGCCAAAUCAGCCUGCCUUCAACGCUGCAGGAACUGAGAGCAGAGAAAAGCUAUCUACUGACACAGGGGAUUCAAAAGCAUAUGAGGUUGCCAGGAAGCAGGAAGCUUGUGCAGAUUGCCAGGAUGUUAUCUCGGUGACAGCAAACAGGUUGAGUGCUGUCAUUCAAGCGUUUUAUAUGUGCUGCUCCUGUCAGAUGCCUCAAGGGAUGACGUCACCUCGUUUUAUAGAAUUUGUCUGCAAACAUGACAAUGUUCUUAAGUGCUUUGUUAACCGAAACCCCAAAAUAAUUUUUGACCACUUUCAUUUUCUUCUUGAGUGCCCUGAACUGAUGUCGAGAUUCAUGCACAUCAUAAAAGCACAGCCCUUUAAAGAUCGUUGUGAGUGGUUCUAUGAACAUUUGCACUCUGGACAACCGGAUUCAGACAUGGUGCACAGACCAGUCAAUGAAAAUGAUAUCCUGUUGGUUCACAGAGAUUCUAUUUUUAGGAGUAGCUGUGAAGUUGUGUCUAAAGCAAAUUGUGCAAAGCUGAAGCAGGGGAUUGCGGUGCGAUUCCAUGGCGAAGAAGGCAUGGGUCAAGGUGUGGUACGUGAAUGGUUUGAUAUCUUAUCCAAUGAGAUAGUUAACCCAGAUUAUGCACUCUUCACCCAGUCAGCUGAUGGAACAACCUUCCAGCCAAACAGCAACUCUUCUGUAAAUCCUGAUCACUUGAACUACUUUCGAUUUGCUGGACAGAUCUUGGGUUUAGCUCUGAAUCACAGGCAGCUGGUCAACAUUUACUUCACAAGGUCAUUCUACAAGCAUAUUCUUGGUAUUCCUGUAAAUUAUCAGGAUGUGGCAUCUAUUGAUCCAGAGUAUGCAAAGAACUUGCAGUGGAUUUUAGAUAAUGAUAUCAGUGAUCUUGGGCUGGAACUGACCUUCUCUGUUGAGACUGAUGUGUUUGGAGCAAUGGAAGAAGUGCCUUUGAAACCAGGGGGUGCAAGUAUUCUUGUUACACAAGACAACAAAGCUGAGUAUGUCCAGCUUGUUACUGAACUUCGAAUGACAAGAGCCAUUCAGCCUCAGAUAAAUGCUUUUUUGCAAGGAUUUCAUAUGUUCAUACCACCUUCUCUUAUACAGCUUUUUGAUGAAUAUGAACUGGAGCUGUUGCUGUCUGGUAUGCCAGAAAUUGAUGUGAGUGAUUGGAUAAAAAAUACAGAAUACACAAGUGGCUAUGAAAGAGAAGACCCUGUUAUUCAGUGGUUCUGGGAUGUUGUAGAAGAACUAACUCAGGAAGAGCGAGUGUUACUAUUACAAUUUGUUACUGGCAGCUUCAACUUCCAACCAUUGGAUCUUGUCAUGCCUUUUUUUUCUAAAUAAGAGACAUCUACCAUCAGAAAUCUUUUCCCCACGUCACUCAUAGGAGGCCUUCUGGAACUGCUGGAUGGCUCAGUGCCCACCCCAGAAAUCCUCCAAGUGGUGGUGUCCAUAUGGGCCCGCCGCUCCUGGGAUCAAUUCUGCAUGGCGAUCCAUUUGCAAACACAGAUUUGGUUGGAGGGUCAAGUGUCCCAAAUGGGCAGUGGUGCAAUUCCCCUUUGGGUCCGGCGGAACCCCAAUCUGGACUGGGAUUUUAGCCACAGCCCCUCGUGGACCUUAACGGGGCCAAGGCAGGGUUUGCUCCGCUUAAAAAUUUGGGAUGGCACCACGCCAGCUACCAUCCCUUGCCGGCUAGUCAAAAACCCUUGGCCGGCAGCAGACCGGUUAUGGCUCCCCCUUAGAACUCAAUAUCCCACUGGACUCUGGCAUUUGGACACUUCACCCCUGCUGUCCACUGCUCACAGGUUAAAUUGGGUUUUUGGGUUUGUCCACCUGGCUCGGUGCUCCAGGAUGCCUGCUUCUCCAAGCUGAGCCCCAAGAAGGAGGGUGUCUAUGUUUUCCUACCAUUGCAAAAUAGGGUAUCUGUUCUUAACAUGGGACCAUCAUCUGUGUGUGUAACAACCUCAUGCAAAAAUGUUUCUUGCUACUGGUUGCCCUCCAGUCAAGAAUGUACUUUUACUGAUAACCAUACUCAGCGUACCCACAAUGUAUCCAGUAUUCUGGUCAACGGCACCUAUCAUAGUGCAUGGGUGCUGUCCCCACCCCAAACCAUUGAUGUUUUGGCUCCCACACCUGACCUGCUCGUUCCUCCCUCCCAGAACUGGUCUAUUUGGACCAUGCUCCUAAACAAGAGUUCCAACAUGGCCCAACUGGCCAGACUAGUGGCCCAGUCAAGGGCUGGUCCCCCACAGCUUUGGGAAUUCUGACAGUCUUAAUGCACCGCAUCAUCGUCUUAUGGAUUGUUCAUGGUAUACUUUUCAUUGUAUUUUUAUACUUAUGUUGUUAUACCUGAUUGUUGGUUCAGCGAGUCACCAAGCUCCACCAGCUGUUUUGGGCAGGGGGACGCUGUCUGACGAUCCUUAUUGUGAUCCAUUGAUCAAAGGGGGGGAGGGGCGAAAUGUAGCCUGAUGCAGCCCCCCACCUUGCUCUUUCAAGUGCAGUUUGCACAGUUUCCUGUUAUGCUGUUACAAAACCACAAGCAGCAAUGGAAAGUUAGAUGCUUGCUUAAAGCUGUAUUGCUCUAUAUUACCAAUUGUAUUCAUGCUUAUGACUAUGUAAUCAAUUAAUGUAAAGAAUGAGUGAGAUAGCAUGAAUGACAGUCAAUGGCAAAGUAAAGAAGCAAAUAUCGCCUUUUAUGGAACCAUUAUAUUAUCUUGGUGGAGAUAUAAAUCUCGAGAUAGGCGGCCAGGUGGGGUUACCAACAAGGAAAUGUAACAGCACGCUAAACUCGGGAUCGGACUGGAAGCAAUAGAGCCCUCCCGCGGAUCUGAAAGGACUUCGGGGACUCUCGUCGCCCCACGUUAUAUCUCUGGGCAGCUGUGGCCUGGCCAGCCUCAGCCACCAAAAUCAAAACCAACAUCUGCGCCUGCAGUCUGCCAGUAUGACUAAGUUGUGUGUGUGAGUAUAACUGUGCAAAUAAGGGAAGCAACAAGGAAAGCAAUAAAUCAAGCCUCAGUGCUGCUCAAGUUCA